GCUGGGUAUGACGUCACAUCCUAGUUGAACGCGUUCUCGUCCACAAGUCGGAUGGACAAGAUGGAUGCAUCCAAGCAAACGUUUGUUGUGCUAGCUGUUCAGGAAUACACACAACUAAAAAACAAAUAUGACGUCCACCUGAAAAACGUAAUGGAAGAAGAAAGGCGACGAAGAAUGUACUAAACUCAUUUUGAACCAACUUUAUACAGUCAGAGCCCUUGAGAUUGAAGAUACUGAUGUCCUCGGUGUUGCGGUCAACACAGAAACUCAUAGCGAAGACUGGUACAGUCGGAGAAACAGCAACGACUCCGACUUCAGAAUCCAACGUGGCUGCUGAGAGCGUCGACAUAUAUUUGGACAGCAACAUGAACAUGUUCAAGGAUCCCCAGAAGAACACUCCAUUCCCUGGUCCCUUGUACCAGAAGGAAGCAGACCCCACCACAUACUACCUGAAUGAGGACCUUACAGUUAUGAUAAACAUGGUUGAAGAUGAAGAUUUGAACACCAAAUUAGAAAGCUGCCAAGAGAACAAUGAUGCUGCACCCAGCACAUCACCUUCACUUGAGCCAGUGACAGCAAAUGAGAGCUUCAGCAAAGAACAGACAUUGUUUUUGAUCGACUUUAUGCGGCAGCACAUCGAAAGAAAAGGUAAAGGACUCCCCAAAAGCCUGGAAGAGCUGAUUGCACGUCUUAAAUCUACAAGGGGCACUAAAAAAGAUCUAUGGAAAGAUGCUGCAAAUAAGUUGACCAGCCAUUUCAUGCUGUCUUUCUCUCCUGAGAGGGUGGCCAGGAAGUGGAAUACACUUGUUGAUGCCUUUAAAAAAAUUAAAGAUAACCAUAAAACUACAGGGAAGGGACCUGUCCGCUUCCAGUUUUAUUCAGAAAUGGAGGCUCUUCUAGGAGGGCAGCAUGAUGUGGCAACCCCUGUUGGUAGCACAUCACCAUCAGCUUCACCUGUGCAAAUUAUAGCAAGUGAGAGCUUUAGCAAAGAUCAAACCUUGUUCUUGAUAGACUUUGUGCGGCAGCACAUAGAGAGUAAAGGUGAAAGACUCCCCAAAAGUUUGGAAGAGCUGAAUGCACUGCUUAGAUUUCCGAGGGGCACUAAAAAAGAUCUAUGGAAAGAUGCUGCAGAUAAGCUGGCCAGCCAUUUCAUGCAGUCUUUCUGCCCUGACAAGGUGGCCAGGAAGUGGUAUACACUUGUUGAAGCCUACAAAAAAGUUAAAGAUAACAAUAAAACUACAGGCAAGGGGCCCAUCCGCUUCCAGUUUUAUACAGGAAUGGAGGCCCUCUUGGGAGAACAGGAUGAUGUGGUCAUCCCUGCCGAUGGCACAUCACCAUCAACUUCGCCAGUGCAAGAAAAUGAUGGUUUAAACAAAGAUCAAACUUUGUUUUUGAUCGACUUAAUGCGGCAGCGUAUCGAGAGUAAAGGUGAAAGACUCCCCAAAAGUCUGGAAGAGCUGAAUGCACUGCUUAAAUCUCCAAGGGGCACUAAAAAAGACCUAUGGAGAGAUGCUGCAGAUAAGCUGGCCAGCCAUUUCAUGCUGCCGUUCUGCCCUGUCAAGGUGGCCAGGAAGUGGUAUACACUUAUAGAUGCCUACAAAAAAAUAAAAGAGAGCAAUAAAACUAGAGGGAAGGGGACCAUCCGCUUUCAGUUUUAUUCAGAAAUGGAUGCCCUUUUUGGAGAGCAGCAUGAGAUAAAAUUCCCUGCUGUUGGCACGUCCGUGGGUGUGGAGGUACGCAGACCUGAAGCAUUAGGAGAUUCCAGCAGUAUCACUUCACCGAAAACACUACAAACUUUUGUAUCGUCACCUCCUUCUAAGCGUCAAAAGGUGGACUGUGAAUUGAUGCAGUUUUUGCAGGACUCUGAGGAAGCUAGUCAACGGCGUCAUGAGGAGACACUAGCACAACUAAGGUCUGCUCAGCAGGGUUUUGAGGCUCUGAUGACAAAGUUGCUGGAUAAACUGUAACUGAUUUGAAGCUGGUAAUGUAAAAAAUGCAUCUAACUAAUUGGAAGGUCUUAAGAUAAACUGUAAGGUGUGUUAUAUGUAUCACAAUAUUUUUAAGAGAUUUUUUAUAUUUUAGGUUUAACUGUGUCAUAAAAGAACAGUUUUGCACUGUAAUUUCAUUCAAGAUUCUCACAACAUUUUACAUGUGUCAUUGCAGACUAAAAUAAUAUCAGAAUUAUAUGUGUAUA